UGCUAACUGGCAUUGAAGAGGCAGAUUACUGACAGCAAUCAAUAUAGCAUAAAAGAAAUAACACUGGAAAAUACAUUGCUUUGAUUUUUACAAAGAUAUAGGGAAUGCCCUGAUUGAUACACACACACACACACACACACACACACCCCUUUUGAAUGUUAAUGUUUUCUGAGCAGGCUGCUAGGCUGCUGCUACUCACUGAAGCAGAAUCUACUGAGGAGUUGUUGAAGCAGAACUGAAAUCAUAGCUUGACUCAAAGGAACGACAGUUGUCAGCUAAUUACUUUCUGACAUAAGCAGGAAUCACUUUUUCAUAUAAGGCUCUAAACCUUUGAAAUCCAGUGCCAGAUCCGGGAUUGUUUGUCUAGUUUCUUUGUGCCUUGGAACACAAGUGACAUUCUGAAGAAUGCAAACAAAACUAUCUGCAACAGCUGCAGCAGAAUGUGGGCUAAGUUUUCUCUCAACCGGACACAGUUUUAGGUAACAAAGGACUUCUACGUAACUUUUAUCAUGACCUUCAUUAAUCGAUGAUGAAAAGAAGAAGAUUGUGGGAUUACUUUUUGCAUCUUUCCUGGAGAAUGGAUGGAGAACCCUUUACCUCCACUUUCUUCUCUUCUGGGAAUAUUCCCUCAGAAACUGGCAUGACACUGGAACAGAAAACAACCUUUGUCUUUGUGAUUUUAUUAUUUAUUUUCCUAGGAAUUCUCAUUGUCCGAUGUUUUCGAAUUCUUCUGGACCCAUACAGGAGUAUGCCAACUUCUACCUGGGCUGAUGGACUUGAUGGGCUAGAAAAAGGCCAGUUUGAUUAUGCUCUGGCUUAGAGUCAAAGACUUAGCACUGUUAUUCAGAAGCUUCUGAGAUGCUGAAAACAUUUCUUGCAGAAGCAAGGACUGUGUAGGCUUUUUAACUACCUUCAUUGCAUGCUAAGCAUUUUAAGUUAAAGAAGCCAUUGUUUCAAAUAAUAAAAACAGGUAGAUCUGUCAUUUGCAAAGUUCAGCUUCAUCACAUAUAUAUGAUCCACACAAUCUCUUACAGCAGCUUAAACAACAAUUUGAUUUGCAGCUACUGGAAACAGGCUUAUUUUUAAAAGUCAGUGCCUCUCCUCCACCCAUCCCCAACCAGUAAUGAGUACAUAUAUUUAAAGGAAAGCAUGUAAUUUUUCUAGUUUGUGUGUGGAAAUUAGGUAAUGUUUUUCCAGCACUGACAAAAAUGUCUUUCCAAUCCAUUCCACUUGUCCUUCUUAUAGAGAAGUACAGUAAAAAGGUUUUCAGCAAAGUUAAUUAAAGGUCUAUAGCUUACAGCGAUUUCAAUGGGAAAAUUGCUCUCUUAUAAUGCAUGCUUAAAUAUAAAUCUGUCACUGAAAUCAUAGGUAUAAAUCAUUAUUGUUUCCCAGUAUGAAAACACUGUAUAAUCUGCUGUAUUUAAAAUAGUGUCGGGUUGGUUUUUUUAAGAGUGCACUGUGGGGAUUUUAGUGAACCCAUGAAUAUCAUUCAUAAUAAUAAUAAUAACAACAAACAACAACAACAACACGAAACUAUUCAACACCAAUGAAACAAAGCAGGCCUACAAGAAAGAACAAGUCUAGAACUGAGCAGAAAAAUGGAAAAAUAAGCCACUUCAUCGUCAAUAUUUGCACAAUAUAAGUGGAAAAUCAGACAUCACCAAGACCUGGCAAUGGCUUAAGAAUGGCAACUCGAAGAAAGAAACAGAGGAUUUAAUACUGGCUGCACAAGAACAGGCACUAAGAACAAAUGCAAUAAGAGCAAAAGUAGAAAAGUCAACAACAAACAGCAAGUGCCGCCUUUGUAAAGAAGCAGAUGAAACCGUGGUCCACCUAAUCAGCUGUUGUAAAAAGAUCGCACAGACUGACUACAAACAAAGGCAUGACAAGGUAGCAGGGAUGAUACACUGGAACAUCUGCAAAAAAUACAAGCCAAAAAUUGGUGGGACCAUAAAAUUGAAAAAGUUGAAGAAAAUGAAGAUGUAAAAAUAUUAUGGGACUUCCGACUACAAACAGACAAACAUCUGCCACACAAUACACCAGAUAUAACUGUAGUCGAGAAGAAAGAAAAACAAGUGAAAAUAAUCGACAUAGCAAUACCAGGGGAUAGCAGAAUAGAAGAAAAAGAAAUAGAAAAAAAUCACCAAUUGUAGAUACAAAGAUCUACAAAUUGAAAUUGAAAGGCUGUGGCAGAAAAAGACCAAAAUAAUCCCAGUUAGAAAUAGAAAUAGAAAUUGGCGUCCUGGGUGCAGUUCCAAAAGACCUUGAAGAGCACCUCAACACCAUAGGGGCCACAGAAAUCACCAUCAGCCAAUUACAAAAAGCAACUUUACUGGGAACAGCCUAUAUUCUGCGAUGAUAUCUAUAACAACAGCAUCAACAUUGAAAAUAAAAUUCAGCUGUCCCAGGUCUUUGGGAAGGACUCGAUGUCUGGAUAAAACAAACCAGUCAAUAACACCUGUCUGACUGUGUAAAUAAAUAAUAAUAAUAAAAUAAAUUUGUGUUC